AUUCGGCGCGCCCCGCGGGCGGUCCUGUCCGCGGCGGGGGCGGCGGGCACAGAUAGUUUUGGUUCGCGCGACCUGCGCAGAGGUCGCGCGCGGGACCUUCUAGCGAGCGGGAAGUCGCUCGAGGAGGUUGCCGCGCAGGGCGACUGGCGCUUGCCCGUGGUCAUUUUCAAGCAUUGCAGUCGCUUCCCCGCGGAACAACAGGAGGUGGCUCUCUCGGAGCACCUCGCCGAGAGCGGUUCGGAUUGCGACGCGCUGGCCAAGG